AAAUGCUCCAUGGCUAAGAGAAAAGCUGAAGAACAGAUUUCAGGUGUUCCUGUCAACAAAAGGAAGUCUCUGCUAAUGAAGCCUCGCCACUACAGUCCCAGCCUGGAAUGCAAAGAGGAAAAUGAAGACAGGACAGAUUUACAGGAGAAUAUCAGUUUUUUCUUACAUGUUUUUCUCUUGUCCUUUUCUUAUGCAGAGGAAAGAAUUGCAAAACCAUGUGAGGAAACACCUCAUUCAGGUGGGCAAGAAAAUUCUAGUCAAAGAAAAGAUAACUACACCAGUUACCAAGAUGCCAUGGCCAAAUCUUUGAUGAACAGUGGAAAAAUUGCAAACGAUGCACCCAGUCAAGCAGUGGCAGAAAAUCUAAAUGACAGUGGCAUUCAAUCCUUAAAAACAGAAAGUGAUGACACUGAUGAAUGUUACAUGAUUGACUCAGCUGAAGGAAAGGAAAAGACUGUUAUUUCUGACCCAAAAUAUUGUUCAUCUGAGGAAAAUGAAAGUAACUCUGAAAUGAUGGAUAAUGAGUGGGACAGCUCCUCAAGUUUUUCAGAAGAAACUAGUGUAAAGCCCCAUGUAACUCAGAAAUAUAUUGCAGAGUGUAAUCAACCUAGCAUGUUGGAAGUCCCUGAAAUUAAGAAGGAGGAGGUAGAAUUUGACCCUUGUGAAACACUUUGUGAUUCAGGAACAGAGCUAAGAGCACCCCAGGAGUCUCACCCAGAUUCUUUUGAGAAGAGAAUUCAGAAUGUGUUCCCUGAAAGCGAAGAAGAUGACAACGAGUGCCUGUCAGAAACCACGGAAAUGUCAGUUGAACUGGACAAAGCAAAAGGGAACUUGAGUUUGCUAGAAGAAGCAAUAGCUCUGCAGGCAGAGCAAGGGCAUGUGUUUCACAGCACCUACAAGGAACUGGAUAGGUUUCUCCUGGAGCAUCUAGCAGGAGAGAGGAGACAAACCAAAGUUAUUGACGUUGGUGGGAGACAGUUAUUUAGCAACAAACACUCACCCAGGCCUGAAAAGAGAGAAACCAAAUGUCCCAUCCCAGGAUGUGAUGGCACAGGGCAUGUGACUGGACUGUACCCCCACCAUCGCAGUCUCUCAGGCUGUCCUCACAAAGUUAGAGUGCCACUAGAAAUUCUUGCCAUGCAUGAAAAUGUUUUAAAGUGCCCCACUCCAGGAUGCACUGGAAGAGGACACGUCAACAGCAAUCGCAACACACACAGAAGCCUUUCUGGUUGUCCAAUUGCUGCAGCUGAAAAGUUGGCAAUGUCCCAGGAAAAAAACCAGCUCGAGUCUCCAAAAGCAGGGCAGUGCCAUGAUCAAAUUCACAGCACAAAUUUAACUAAGCAGCUUGAGGUAGCUCAGUACAAUUACAGAACUUCACAACCAGUCACUUCUUCCAGAACCACCCUCACAAAAGAAAAGGAGAAGUUUGGGAAAGUACCCUUUGAUUAUGCCAGCUUUGAUGCACAAGUCUUUGGCAAACGCACAAUAGCACCUGCAGUGCAAGGGCAAAAAACACCACAGUUCCUUGAAUCAAAGCAUUUUUCAAAUCCAGUGAAAUUUUCUAAUCGACUGCCUAGUGCUAGCGCCCACACACAGAGCCCUUGCCAUGCCAACUCUUAUAGCUACGGUCAAUGUAGUGAAGACACCCACAUAGCAGCAGCUGCUGCUAUCCUGAACCUUUCCACCCGCUGCAGGGAAGCAGCAGAGAUCCUCUCCAACAAACCACAGAGUCUGCCUGCCAAGGGAACUGAGAUAGAAGUGGAUGAAAAUGGCACUCUGGAUUUGAGCAUGAAAAAGAACCGAAGCCAAGACAAAGUUACGCCUCUCACUUCUUCCAGUACAGUACUUCCCACUCCUUCCUCUUCUCCUUUCAAAACAAGCAGCAUCCUGGUAAAUGCAGCCUUCUACCAGGCUCUUUGUGAGCAAGAAGGCUGGGACACACCAAUCAACUACAGCAAGACACAUGGCAGGAAAGAAGAAAAGGAGAAAGACCCAGUGAGCUCUCCAGAAAACAUGGAAGAAAAAAAGUAUCCAGGAGAAGUCUCCAUACCAAGUCCUAAACCCAAGCUCCAUUCAAGAGAUCUCAAAAAGGAACUCAUCACCUGUCCAACUCCAGGAUGUGAUGGUAGCGGUCACGUAACAGGAAACUAUGCCUCACAUCGCAGUGUUUCUGGGUGCCCAUUAGCUGACAAGACAUUAAAAUCCCUUAUGGCUGCUAACUCUCAGGAGCUUAAGUGCCCAACACCUGGUUGUGACGGCUCUGGCCAUGUGACUGGGAACUAUGCAUCACACAGAAGCUUAUCUGGUUGUCCCCGUGCCAGAAAAGGUGGUAUCAAAGUGACUCCUUCCAAGGAUGAAAAAGAAGACCCUGAACUUAAAUGUCCAGUGAUAGGCUGUGAUGGCCAAGGUCACAUAUCAGGUAAAUACACUUCUCAUCGCACUGCUUCUGGUUGUCCUUUGGCUGCCAAGAGACAGAAGGAGAGUCCCGUCAAUGGGUCUUCACUAUCCUGGAAACUGAACAAACAAGAGCUGCCACACUGUCCUUUGCCAGGCUGCAACGGGCUGGGUCAUGUUAAUAAUGUUUUUGUCACCCACAGAAGCCUAUCUGGUUGUCCUCUGAAUGCACAAGCCAUAAAAAAGGGCAAAAUUUCGGAAGAGUUAAUGACUAUCAAGCUUAAAGCAAGUGGUGGUAUUGAGAGUGAUGAAGAAAUCAGACAUUUGGAUGAAGAAAUAAAAGAACUGAAUGAAUCCAAUCUUAAAAUUGAAGCUGACAUGAUGAAACUUCAAACCCAGAUCACAUCUAUGGAGACCAACCUGAAAACAAUAGAAGAAGAGAACAAACUCAUAGAGCAGAACAAUGAGAGCCUGUUGAAGGAGCUAGCUGGUUUAAGCCAAGCCCUCAUCUCCAGCCUUGCUGACAUUCAGCUUCCACAGAUGGGGCCAAUCAGUGAGCAGAAUUUCGAAGCAUAUGUAAAUACACUCACAGACAUGUACAGCAAUCUGGAACGGGACUAUUCCCCCGAAUGCAAAGCUCUGCUGGAAAGUAUCAAACAGGCAGUGAAGGGCAUCCAUGUGUAGGAUGUGAAAGCUGCUGGGCAACAGAAAUUACUUAACAGCAGUAAACUCCAGAUGGAUCUGUUAGGAGUUCAUGUACUGCUAAGGGGUGUAGGUUGCCAUGCUGCAUUUACAAUUGCAACAUUGCACUAAUUUUUUCCCAGCUGACAUAAAAAAAGAAUAAAAACACAACAGACUAUUUGUAUUAACAGCAAUGCACUCCGUUAGUAUAUUAUAUUUAUUUCAGUACAAUUCCUUUUUUUUCU